UAUGUAGAAGGUGUUGCAGGUGAGAUACAGCCAAUGUCUGAUCAGCUGAAGGAUAAAAUAGAUGAUUUAUCACAAGAAAUUCGUGACAGGAUGCUUCCAGAAAAGGUGUUGCAAGCUGAGAACCACGCAGCCCAGCUGGAUGAAUCAUCUGCAAUACUGGAUGGAAUCCUUGCUGAAGCAAAAAACCUCUCUUUCAAUGCCACACUUGCGUUCAAUGCUUAUACCAACAUCAAGGAUCACACAGAUGAAGCUGAAAAAGUUGCCAAGGAAGCCAAGGCUAUUGCAAAUGAAGCUAUGCAAGCGACAUCUGGUCCUCAAGGAUCAUUGAAGGAUGGUGCCAGGAGCUCUCUUCAGAAAAGCUUCAGGGUCCUUAAUGAAGCCACUACGUUAGAAAAUGAUGUUAAAGAAGAGGGAGAUAACCUGGACAGCCUGCAGAACAGGCUGAAAGAUGCUGAUGAGAAGAAUUCCAUUCUCCUGAAAGCUCUGAAUGAAACCUUGGGAAAGCUAUCAGCCAUUCCUAACGAUACAGCUAUAAAGGUACAGGCAGCCAAAGACAAAGCAAGACAAGCCAAUGAUACUGCAAAUGAUGUCCUGGCCCAGAUUAAAGACCUCAACCGGGAUCUCCUGGGCUUGAGAAACAACUACAGUAAACUUACAGAUGAGGUGGCAAAAACAAAUGCUGUUGUGAAGGAUCCUAUUAAGAGCAAAAUCAUUGCUGAUGCAGAUUCCAGUAUUAAAGCCCUAGAAAAGGAAGCAGAUCGCUUGCUAGACAAAAUCAAGCCAAUCAAAGAACUUCAGGAUAACUUAGGGAAAAACAUUUCUCAGAUAAAAGAGCUGAUAAACCAAGCUCGGAAGCAAGCCAAUUCGAUCAAAGUGUCUGUGUCCUCUGGAGGCAAUUGUAUUCGCACGUACAGACCAGAAAUAAAGAAGGGAACUUACAACACCAUAAUUGUUAAUGUGAAGACUGUAGUUGCUGACAAUCUGCUUUUUUACCUUGGAAGUGCCAAGUUUACCGACUUCUUGGCCAUAGAGAUGCGCAAAGGCAAGGUGAGCUUCCUGUGGGAUGUGGGAUCUGGUGUUGGACGGGUAGAGUAUCCAGAUCUGACCAUUGAUGAUGGGUUUUGGUACCGGAUCGAAGCUUCUAGGAGUGGAAAAAAUGGCACGAUAUCAGUGCGAGCUCUGGAUGGUCCUAAAGCCAGCAUUGUGCCAGCCACAUUCAGUGCUGUCUCUCCACCUGGAUACACCAUUCUGGAUGUAGAUGCCAAUGCCAUGCUGUUUGUUGGUGGUUUAACUGGAAAAAUAAAGAAGUCAGAUGCUGUAAGAGUCACCACCUUCACUGGCUGCAUGGGUGAAACCUUUCUAGACAGCAAGCCCAUAGGACUGUGGAAUUUCAGGGAUAUCGAAGGUGACUGCAAAGGAUGUGCUGUCAGCCCACAGGUGGCAGACAGUGAAGGGACAGUCCAGUUUGAUGGUGACAGCUACGCCAUGGUGAGCCGACCGAUUCGCUGGAACCCAAAUAUUUCCACAGUUAUGUUCAAAUUCAGGACAUUCUCAUCAAAUGCCCUGCUGAUGUAUCUUGCUACUGAUGACUUGAAGGAUUUCAUGAGUGUAGAACUUAGUGGUGGGCGUAUAAAAGUCAGCUACGAUCUGGGUUCAGGUACAGCUUCUGUUACCAGCAACCGAAACCAUAAUGAUGGCAAAUGGAAAUCUUUUACGCUGUCAAGAAUUCAAAAGCAAGCCAACAUAUCAAUUGUAGACAUAGACACCAAUGAAGAAGAGACCAUAGCAACAGCUUCUACAGGCAGCCACUUUGGGCUCAACUUAAAAGGUCAUGAGAAAAUAUAUUUUGGGGGAUUGCCAACCCUGAGAAAUCUAAGACCUGAAGUGAACUUAAAGAAAUAUACAGGUUGCCUCAAAGAUAUUGAAAUUUCAAGGACACCAUAUAAUAUAUUGAGUAGUCCUGACUUUGUCGGUCUAACCAAAGGAUGCACGCUAGAGAACAUUUUUACAGUUAGCUUCCCCAAGCCAGGUUUUGUGGAACUGCAGCCUGUGUCCUUUGACAUGGGCACAGAAAUCAAUCUCUCCUUCAGCACCAGGAAUGAGUCUGGGAUCAUCUUGUUUGGCACAAGUGGCACAGUUGUGCCCCCCAGGAGAAAGCGCAGACAGACAGGACAGGCCUAUUACGCCGUGUUCCUGAACAGAGGCCGACUGGAAGCGCACGUCUCCACGGGGACACGGGAUCCCUACAGGAUCACCACCAGACCAGAGGCUGGCGAGUUUCACGACGGCCGAGCGCACUCCGUCCGGAUAGAACGAGCCACGGGGAUGUUCACCGUUCAAGUAGAUGAAGACAAAGUCCAGACUCAGAGGUUGCCAACAGACCAGCCCAUCUCUGUUAAGAAACUCUUUGUGGGGGGUGUUUCUUCUCAGUUUCAGACUGCACCUAUCAGAAACAUCCCACCGUUUGAAGGCUGUAUAUGGAAUCUUGUCAUUAAUGCCACCCCCAUGGACUUUGCUCAACCCGUGUCCUUUGAAAAUGCAGAUAUUGGCCAAUGCCCCUCUCUAGAACCAGAGGUUAGGCCAUCUGAGGAUGAAGAUAAACCGAUCCACACAACAGUCCUGAUCCAACCUGAACCAGACACUAAUGGGGAGAAAGAAAGACCAAGGACAACUCUUGUUUCCCCUCCUCCUCCAACAUCAGCUCCAUCUUCAGCACUUGAUUCGCUUGCCACUGAAAUGAAGAGCGCCAGCAUUACUUCUGCAUUUGACUCCAUUAUGGAUUCCUGUGCUCCUGACACAGAACCAGCCAUUUUGGAAGGUGGCAAGCAAUUUGGUCUUUCAAGGAACAGCCAUAUUGCAGUUGCAUUUGAUGACACCAAAGUGAAAAACAGACUUACAAUUGAAUUUGAAGUCCGAACAACAGCUGAUUCUGGCUUGCUGUUUUACAUGGCCCGCAUCAACCACGCUGAUUUUGCUACAGUUCAGAUAAAAAAUGGACUGCCUUACUUCAGCUACGAUCUGGGGAGUGGAGACACCAACACAAUGAUUUCCAACAAAAUAAAUGAUGGCCAGUGGCACAAG